AAAAACCCUUUUCUCUCUCCUCUUCGUUCGUUCUCUCUCUCUCUAAAGCCCACCGUUGUGAAGAAAGCUUAAAACGCAAAACCCACAUAUUCGAAUACCCAUUUCGUUAUCGUCCAAGAACCCUCCACCCAAGAAAGAAAGAAAAGCAGCCUCCAUGAAAAUAAAGAACAAAGGCAAAGUCCAUCCAUCUCCAUCUUCUUCUUCUUCCGAUGGGGACUUUUUUGAGGUCUUCAACUAUCUUCCAGUCGCGAUAUUGGCUCUCAUCUCUGUUCUGACCGCUGACGAUCGAGAGGUUUUGGCCUUCAUGAUGAGGAGAUCCAUGGAAACCUCAUCGACCUCGUCUGUCGUUUCUGGAAAUAAAUUUUCCAAGAGAGCUCCAAAGAAAUCCACUGCUCCACGCGCCAGUUCUGGUAGCGCGUGUGUUCACUCGCCACCGUCUUUUACUUGCUUCGAUUGUUACAUGAGUUACUGGGACCGGUGGAACUCGUCGCCGAACGGGGAGCUGAUUCACCAGGCCAUUGAGGCUUUUGAAGAGCAAUUGGCUAACGGGGAAAAAUCCUGCAAGAACGUCAAAGGGAAGAAGAGGGAAAAAAUCGGCCGUCAGUCGUCGGACAAGCCUGUGAAUGUUGUUGCCCCGCCGUUGCCGGAAGUUCUUCCUCUGCCGAUUGAUGAGGGGUCUUCUGCGGCUCCGACGACGUCUGGGAGUGACGAGGUGGAAGCAGCGGAGGGAAGGGGAGAGCCAUCGCGGACUGAGGAUGAGACGGCGGUGGUGAUUGUUCCGUCGCCGCCACCGAGCAACCGCAAGGGUUUGGCCCGGAAGGUAUGGCCGGACGUAUUAGGGUUAUUCAAUUCUCGUUUAUGGAGUCUUUGGGGUCCACGUUAGAAAUUCAGAAAAUAAAAAAGAGAGGAUAUUUCGAUAUUUU